CAUUCUGUUCGGGAGUAUUAUGGUCUGUCGGGAAUUCAGAGUGGCUGGGACUGGAGAAAAAUAUCUGCUCUGCUAACGUUAGCGUCCACCGAGCUAACGGUAGGUAGCACUGGAGUAAAUAUGGAGCUGUCUGCCGUCGGGGAGAGGGUGUUCGCUGCCGAGUCCAUUAUCAAACGGAGGAUAAGGAAGGGUCGGAUUGAAUACCUUGUGAAAUGGAAGGGCUGGUCUCCCAAAUACAGCACUUGGGAGCCAGAGGAGAAUAUUUUGGACUCUCGCCUGUUUGCCGCUUUUGAGCAGAGGGAGCGUGAAAGGGAGCUCUACGGGCCCAAAAAGAGAGGACCAAAACCCAAGACAUUUCUGCUCAAGGCUCAGGCAAAGGUUAAAGCCAAGUCCUAUGAGUUCAGGAGUGAGGCAAUCCGGGGGAUGCACAUCACCUACCCAACCCCGGAGCCAGUUGUCACCCCCAGGGCUAGAGAGGGUCUGAGAGCUGUUGUCCCAACAAUCUUUCCACCCAGUACUGUCAACCGCGGAGAAAGUGUACGAGUCCGAUCACCAGAGCUUAGCACCCGUGAGCACCAGCAGGCUUCCCUUCAGCAAACUAGUCCAGACGGACUCAUCCAUGCACCCAAAAAAAGAGGCCCGAAGCCUAAGCCCCGCUUCAAGGACAGCAGCUGCAGCCCUAUGGCCUCCGAGCCCCAUAAGAGGAGGGCAGAGGAGCAGGUGAGCCACGGACCUCACAAACUGGCCAAGCUCCAGGCUGUUGAAGAGAUGAGGCUGUUCAAAGUGGCCCGCAGACAUCCAGAGAACCAUGGUCACAGCCACAAACACCACCAUCACCACCACCACCACCAUCAUCAUCACCAACACAACAGGGAGCUCUCCAGUGGAAGCUCUUACAAGCAGCUGUACUCAGACCGUGGCCUGCACCCACACAGGACAGACAUGGACACACACAGGACUAAAGAAGGAUCCAGCUACCUGGCACCUGCACACUUCAAGCACCAGUCCAAAAUUAGCCAGAGCCUGAGUCGCCCCACUGAGCUCCCACUGAUGGAAAAGCCUUACUUCUUGGACAGGCCAUCCCCGACCCGGCUUGAUGACGACUUGGAUGAAGUGUCAUGGAGACCCUCCCUCGGCAGCGUGGAAAAGGUCCUGGUAACGGACGUGACCACCAACUUCCUGACCGUCACCAUCAAGGAGAGCAGCACUUCCAAAGGCUUCUUCAAAGACAAAAGAUGAUUGUUUGACUGCUUUUUUUUUUAAACACCAUACUUUGUUUUCUCUGACUUGCAUCAGAAUCAUUCUCCUUUUUUUAAGGACAUAGUGUGGUUAUUGAGCAAAGCAGUCUUUUGUAUGUAAUGUAUAAAGGCAAAUUACAUAAUGUGCAUAUGUGUAUAUACUAUAAAGUUGGACAUCUAUUUAAUGUAUUGACCAAAUCAAAUGAAGUCCAUUUUACUUCAUGCAUUGGUUAACAUGAAUGAGUUGCAUGUUUCCUUUGCAGCAGCUGGCUACUUUCUGUAAAAAGCUUGUGAAUUUUACUAUUUUGCAAAUAUAACAAACUAGAAUGUAUUUUUUUCACUCUCUAAUCUUUUGGCCUGAGUAAGUUGUGAGAAGUGAGGAAAGGCUUACAUAUUAAAUCCAAUCUGUGGAUUGAAUAUUUUCUGUAAUUUGAACUGAUUAGACUGAAGAUGCCCUGUUCAAUUCAAUAAGGUUUAUAUUUUAAAAAAAUACUCAAGCACUUUGAAUUUAAAAGUAUUAAGAAAGAAUCUGUUUUUGUUGUGUUUAAAGACCGAGUGUGUCUCUGCCUUUGUAAUGUCUCUAACAUUUCUAAUUGUAAGCUAAAUUAAUAAAUUCAACACGGACACUUUAAGGGUUUUACCAAGGCGCAUAUAACUGCAUCAUAGUAUAUUUUACAUUUUCAUAGAAAACCUUCAUGAAGCUUUGAUGUAAUACGGCAGUUAGAAAGUUGGUGUCAAAUUGCUUUUUAGACGCUUUUCAAUAAAUACUUUGAAUUUUCUCA